UUAGCCUACGCCCCACGGCGCAAGUUAGCGUCCAGCAAUCCCAACGAGGACACGUGUCGCGAGAUCUAAAGCCCCAUCCCUUCUCCCUCCCACCAAAGAAAAGGAAAAACUACAUCCGAAAAGGGGAGGGAAAGCAAAAGAAAGUGAAAGAAAAAGGAAAGUAGAAAAGAAGAGAAGGAAAACUGGGUGCUGGGUUGAGAGGAAGAUAAUAUAGUAGAAAAAGGAAUCGAUAGUCGGCGCCUCCUUGUCAUCGCCGACCAUUCAUCACGUCGCUUUCCUUUUUUUUUUUGUUUACUUCCACUUCCCACCACCCACUUUCUUUCUCUAUAGCCCCCUUUUAAUUAUUAUUAAAUUCUUGCUUCUUUUUUUUUUUUUUUUUCCGCUGCUUUCUCUUCUUAUAAACCCUAUCGCCUCGUCUCCUUCCUCUUCUUGUUGUUGAUUCUUUUUCUUCCUUUUUUCUUUUUGUUUUUUGGUUUUUUACCCCUUUUUUCAAUUUUCGGUUCUUCCGGAUAAUUUUUUUGGCAAAUCGGAAGACGCCUUUGUUUUGAUUUUAUUUUGUUUUUGUUUUCUGAUCUAGGGUUUUAUUAUCCCUUCUCUAUUUUUUAUGUUGAUUUGUUUUUUCCGCUAAAUUAUUAUUAUUAUUAUUAUUAUUAUUUAACUAUCGAGUAUUUUCGUGGGAUCAUGAGGGGUGCUACUGAGCAAUCGUCGGCUGUAGUGGCUGAGAGGAUUGAGGACGGUGGAGAUAAGGAUAAGGAGAAGAAGAAGAAUAAGCGCCGAUCUAAUCGUCGAUCUAAGCAGAAUUCUCCUAAUCCAGGUUUUUCUUUUUCUUUUUACCUUUUAAAUAUUUGUUAUUGAUUUACUGGAUUGUAUAGCUUGUAGAGUAAUUCUUGCUAUACUCUUAUUCUAUCAGUUACAGUUGUCUCUGAAGUGGCCAAAUAUUGAUUAAUUGUUAUGAAGUUAUAUCGUGGAUGAUGAUGAUGUGAAUGUGAAUUUUUUUGCUUGUCCUUUCUUCCUUUUGUCGUUUGUUUGGCUUCCUGUUGAUCAUAUGUCCUGUUAAUUCUUUUUGGGAAUUUUGGUGGCUGGCCAUUUGUUUCCUUGAAUAUUAUUAUGAAUUUUAGAAGUUAGAAUGAUUGUUCCCACCACUAAGUUGCUUAAAUUUUACAAUUAUUUGGGCUAUGAUGAUGCAUUUGACUUUUCUCGUUCUCGUUCCUGUGAUGGCUUCUAAACUUAUGUAUUUGAGUCCCCUAUUUGAAUGCAUGGGUAACAUCCAGUCAAUGAUUUUUGCUUUUAUUUUCUUGAACUUGAUUAUCAUGAGAGCAGCUUCUAAUUUAGUAAACGGAACAUGCGGGGAGUUGUCACAUUCAUGUGGUAAUGGUGUCCAAACGAAAAAUUUUGUAUCCUCCUUGAAUUGUUCUUCAUCAAGGGAGCCAGAAUUAGGUGUUCACUUUUUGAGUGAACCUGGGCUGACCUCUGCAUCAAAUGUAGCCUUCAAUUCGAUGCCUACUAUGCAUAUAAUUGAGGAAGUGGAACACGCAUUACAAUCUGAUCUUGAGGGUGAACCAUUGUCCAACUCAUGUCCUGAGCCAAUUGUUGGUGGAGUUCCCCACCGAAGAUGUUCGAACAAGGAUGUGUUUCCUUUUGAUCAGUUUGGUGGUGGUGCUCAAGGUAAAAUUUUUGCUCCCCACUGGUCUGUGGAGGCAAUUAAUGAGGCACUAGAGAAAGGUAAUGCAUUCAAAGCACUAUUUCAUGUGAAUGCUCACAAUCGAUUUGAGGCAUACUGCAGAAUUGAGGGAGUUACGACAGAUGUUCUCAUAAGCGGAAUUUCUGCACAGAACAGAGCUGUGGAAGGGGACAGAGUGGUCAUUAAAGUUGAUCCAUUGGCAUUCUGGACUAAGAUGAAAGGUCCAAAUGGGCAAUCAGCCAAUGUUUCUUUGGCUGAAGAGCGCAAUUUUGUUGUAGAAGCUGGUGAGACAUCUGGGGGUAGCUGCAAGGGUAAAAGUAAAGUGGAUGUGGAUUAUGAACAUUCUGAUCCUGGAAGUUCCAGCCUUCCUCAAAAGGGAAUAUAUUAUGAGGAUUCUUCUUGUUCUGGUGAGGGUGUUCACCACGAAGUGAAUGGUCCAGUGGGUUGUAAUUCUGUUAAUGGGUAUAACCUACCUUAUUCAGAUUCUUUACAAUUUGGUCAUUCUACUGGAAAGGAUGAAGAUAUGAAUGGUGUGGACAUGCUAUGCAAAAUUAUUAGUUCAUACCCAUCAAAACGCCCAACUGGUAAAGUUGUUGGCAUUGUUGAGAAAUCCCUUCGGCGUGAUGCUGUUGUUGGUUUUCUAAAUGUUAAGCAGUGGUUUUGUUAUAGAGAAGGUUUUACAAAAGACACAAAGAAGAAGAAAAAUUCACCAUCUAUGUCUGCCCAUGAGUACAUUCAUCUUACACCUACUGAUCCAAAAUUUCCCAAAAUGAUGGUACUUGUGAGAAGCUUGCCUGACUCCAUCAAGAAAAGAUUGGAGGAAGGAGAUACUACAGUGGAGAUGGAGCUGGUAGCUGCACAGAUUGAUAACUGGGAUGAAGAAUUCCCAUUGCCAUAUGCCCAUGUCUCGCACAUAUUUGGACGGGGUAGUGAAAUGGAGCCACAACUUAGAGCAAUUUUAUAUGAAAAUGCAAUUUGUUCUUCGGAUUUUUCUUCAGAAUCUCUUUCUUGCGUACCAUGCAAUGCUUGGGAGGUGCCAGCAGAGGAGCUUAAAAUUAGAAGAGACAUUAGAAAUUUGUGCAUAUUUACCAUCGACCCUUCCACUGCCACUGACUUAGAUGAUGCUCUCUCUGUGGAAAGGUUGCCUAAUGGCAUUUUCAGGGUGGGUGUUCACAUCGCUGAUGUCUCAUAUUUUGUUUUACCUGACACAGCCUUGGAUAAAGAAGCUCAGAGUCGAUCAACAAGUGUCUACAUGUUGAGACGCAAAUUACCAAUGUUGCCUGCACUUCUUUCUGAGAAUCUUGGUUCACUUAACCCUGGAGUAGAUAGACUUGCAUUUUCUAUUUUCUGGGACUUCAACAGUGCCGGAGAUGUCAUGGAUCAUUGGAUUGGUCGCACUGUGAUACGUUCUUGUUGCAAGCUUUCGUAUGAAGAUGCUCAGGCUAUGAUUGAUGGGAUGACCAGUGAGGAGACCACUGACUCAUUUGGAAACCGCUUGCCUCUGUUGCAUGGCCCUUUCAAAUGGCCAGAUGUCAUUAGAUCUGUCAAGACUCUGAAUGUAAUUUCAAAAAGUUUAAGAGAGAAGAGGUUUAAUGAUGGGGCUCUGGAGCUUGAAAGUUCCAAAGUUGUUUUUCUAUUUGAUGAAGAUGGAAUUCCAUAUGAUAGCAUGCUUUCUGAGCAAAAAGACUCCAAUUUUCUUGUUGAGGAGUUUAUGCUUUUGGCAAAUAGGACAGCUGCGGAAGUUAUAUCUAGAGUUUUCCCAGAUAGUGCACUAUUGCGAAGGCAUCCUGAACCUAAUAUGCGGAAGCUAAGAGAGUUUGAAGCUUUUUGUUGCAAGCAUGGUCUAGAAUUGGAUACUUCUUCUUCUGGCCACUUUCAUCAGUCAUUGCAAAACAUCAGAGAAAAGCUGAAGGACGACACUGUGUUGUUUGAUAUCUUGAUGUCUUAUGCUUCAAGACCGAUGCAGUUGGCUACCUAUUUUUGCACCGGUGUUAUGAAAGAUAAUAUGAAUGAUUGGGGUCAUUAUGCACUGGCUGUUCCUCUCUACACACAUUUUACUUCACCAUUGCGUCGAUAUCCUGAUAUAGUCGUACAUCGAACGUUGGCCGCAGCUAUAGAGGCAGAGAAUUUGUAUAUGAGAAGUAGAAGAAUGUCCCAUGAUAUGAUAUCGGGUGAAGAAGUGACAAGGUGCUUCACUGGUGUUUACUUUGAUAAAGAUGCAGCAGAGUCCUUAGAAGGCAGGGAAGCAUUAACAGCUGCAGCAAUCAAACAUGGUGUUCCCUGUGCUGAAUUACUUGCGGUUGUUGCUUCUUACUGCAAUGACAGAAAGCUGGCUAGUAGGCAUGUCAAAGAUGCCUGUGAUAAGCUGUACAUGUGGGUCAUGCUGAAGAAGAAAGAGAUUUUAUUGUCUGAAGCGAGAGUUUUGGGUCUUGGACCAAAGUUUAUGUCCAUUUAUAUCCAAAAACUAGCUCUUUCAGGUCGAGCGAAGGAUAUAUUAUGAGGAUGUUGAAGGCUUGACAGUGGAAUGGCUUGAGGCAACAUCAACACUGGUGCUAAAUUCAUGUGCCUACAAGCGCACAUUUAGAAGGGCUGGCCCUGGUACUUACAGGGUGCUUAAUGAAAUUGCAUGGGUUGUAAAUCCAUGCAACCUGAAUAUGGAGCUUGGCACAGUUGGAAAGAUUGCAAAUAAGUGCAGUGCCACACAUUUAGACAAGAAUGGAUUUGCAUCCCAACAUGAGCCUGUUUCAGCGUGGGAGAUUGACCCUGUAGUUUUCCCCCUCACUGUGCGUCUUCUUUCAACAAUUCCUGUAGCUCUUCAUGCUGUUGGUGGGGAUGAUGGACCUAUUGAUAUUGGGGUGAGGCUAUUUGUGAGCUCAUAUUUUAGCUAAGUUAUGAUACAAGUGUUUGCAUUUGGAACUUGACAGACAAGUCUUGCAAGUGAACGAACUCACAGGCAGAAGGUAACGGAGCUGGUAAAGGAAAAGGAUAAAAACAAGCUCUGUUGUAGAUAAGAAUUUUAGUGUAUAGUUGAAAUAGUUAGAUGAAGGAAUCUAAGGUUUAGAAUGGCUGAUAAUUUCCAAAAUCUGUUUUACGAUUGGUGGUGAAAUAUCUCGUGGGAGAUGUUGAUAUUGGCAGGCUUUUUGUUGUGGCCUUAAGUUUUGGUGGCCGUUUCUAACAAAAUCUGCAUGACGGGAUUGGCCCUUGUUUUUGUAAGGCUAGUUCCAUUUUCAUCAAAUUCGGCAGAGAUUGGAGCGAAUAUUACUGGUUUUUGUUUGGAAUUUGGAUUGGUGCAGCCCAAUAACUUUUAAUUUUGGGUGGCUAUGUUCAAGUGUUUUUUAAUUUUUUUCAAUUUAAAUACACAUGCACCGGACAUAAUUCUCCCGUGAGAUAACAAGGUUUUCUUUUGGGAGGGGAAGUUAUAUCCAGGAGAUGUAACAUUUUCUGCACGAUACUGUUAUAAAAUAAGACAAACGCAUAUGGGGAUGUAAUAUUAUUGACACUGAAGAAAACCCUAAAUAAUCUUGUAUUUGAAUUUAUUUUCAGA